AAGACGCAGACCUUGGAACGUUUUUUGAGGGCUCAGAGACAGGGUGAAGUAUUACUCAGCGUUUUCUGCAGAUCUCGCGGGUGCAAUUGCGGCCAGACUUCCUCGUGUCGGGCGGGCCUCAGGGUUCAACGACCUGAUUUCUUAAUCCUUCAAAAAAGCCUGGGCACACCGCAGAAGGAUGUUGUUAUCAAGUCAGAUGCACCUGACACCCUAUUAUUGGAGAAGCAUGCAGAUUAUAUCGCAUCCUAUGGCUCAAAGAAAGAUGAUUACGAAUACUGUAUGUCUGAGUAUUUGAGAAUGAGUGGCAUCUAUUGGGGUCUGACCGUAAUGGAUCUCAUGGGACAGCUACAUCGCAUGAAUAGAGAAGAAAUUCUGACAUUUAUUAAGUCUUGUCAACACGAGUGUGGUGGAAUAAGUGCUAGUAUUGGACAUGAUCCUCAUCUUUUGUACACUCUUAGUGCUGUCCAGAUUCUUACUCUCUAUGAUAGUAUUAAUAUUAUUGACGUGAAUAAAGUUGUGGAAUAUGUUCAGAGUCUACAGAAAGAAGAUGGUUCUUUUGCUGGAGAUAUUUGGGGAGAAAUUGAUACAAGAUUCUCUUUUUGUGCUGUGGCAACUUUGGCUCUGUUGGGGAAGCUGGAUGCUAUUAAUGUGGAAAAGGCAAUUGAAUUUGUUUUGUCAUGUAUGAACUUUGAUGGUGGAUUUGGUUGCAGGCCAGGUUCUGAAUCCCAUGCUGGGCAGAUCUAUUGUUGCACAGGAUUCCUGGCUAUUACUAGUCAGUUGCAUCAAGUAAAUUCUGAUUUACUUGGUUGGUGGCUUUGUGAACGACAGCUACCAUCAGGUGGACUCAAUGGAAGGCCAGAGAAGCUACCAGAUGUAUGCUAUUCUUGGUGGGUGUUGGCUUCCCUAAAGAUAAUUGGAAGGCUUCAUUGGAUUGAUAGAGAGAAACUGCGCAAUUUCAUCUUAGCAUGUCAAGAUGAAGAAACUGGAGGAUUUGCAGACAGGCCAGGAGAUAUGGUAGAUCCUUUUCAUACUCUUUUUGGAAUUGCUGGAUUGUCACUUUUGGGAGAAGAACAGAUUAAACCUGUUAGCCCUGUUUUUUGUAUGCCUGAAGAAGUGCUUCGGAGAAUGAAUGUUCAGCCUGAACUAGUGAGCUAGAUUAGAUCCCUUGAUGCAAAAGUUGCUUAGUGUAGUUUUUACCAUCUUAACAUUUCAGUAUUUGAAGUGCUUAACAAACUUAAUGACUGCCAUGUUAAUAUUCUGUACAUGAAUUGUGUUGAUUUAAAUAAAUUAUAUGAUUAUACAUAUUGUAAAUUAAAGACCUCUAUUGUAUCUAAUAUUUUGUUUAUGGUUCAGUGUAUUUGUUAUCUUGUAUGUCUCCAUAAUAGCAAACUGAGUUGAACUCUAGCUGAUUAAGUCUUGUGUUCCGAUUUUCCCAUGUACUCCCUUGAUAUGCUUGUUACAUGUAACUAUAGUUAAUGUAAAUUGGUCUUUGUCAAUGAGAAUGUUAACUGAUGAAGAAUUGAUGAACCCCAUAGGAAUUAAAAGAUGAAAAAAAUAAAUGGCUGAAAUUUGGGAAUAUUUCA